AUGCGCGUGUGUACUGUCGCUGCAUCGCAGCUACUCCUCGUAGGAGUUGUGCUCGCCAACCUCAACGUCUCCGUCGUUAGAAGACAGUUGAGCUUCGAGGAAACCCACGUGUUGGUGGUGGACGCUUCCAUCGAGUACAUACUAGAGUUUACACCGGUUGGUGACCAGGGCCAAUGGCCGAGUCGCAUCUGGAUGCGGCUGGACGGUGGCGACAUCGCACAUCCGCUGCUCGUCACUGCCCGACAAAGAACAGGAUCAACAACAUGGCAGCUGCCCUUUGGUCGGGGCGAGUCUAUGAUGUUCCAGCAGGAACGUACGCUGUGUCCCGAAGAUGCUGCGGGAAUCGAAGUAGGGGACAUUGAUCAAGACUGCGUGGGCUCGGAGCCGUCGGUGCGCGGCUGGAUGUCGCUGCACGUGGGCACAUCGUGCGCCGCGCCCGCCUCGCUGUCGCUGCGCGUGUCGCCCGAUCGCGAAUGGUACCUGAACUUCGAGACUCCGCUCCUCGUACAUACUAUCAUGGGUUCCCCUCGCGUCCACUUCUACCAGUUCCUGCCGGAGCAGACGAGCGUGCGCCUGGUGAUGGAGUCGGAGGACUACGUGUGCGCCACUAUCGCCAUACAGAACUAUACGUGCCCUAUAGCCGAUACAAGAGAUCUUGUAGAAACUUCCACUGUGAGAAUGACGGUGCUCAGAUCAGGCGGCACACAGCUCUCGCGGUACACGUACCCGGCGGGGUUCUACGUGAUCUCGCUGGUACACGAGGACGAGUCGGAGUGUCGCGAGGUGGAGCCGGAGCAGGAGGAGUGGCUGUUCGAGGCGGCGCUGCUGCCCGGCGCGCUCACGCACGCGCGCCCCGCGCCGCCGCCCCCGCGCGACAAGACGCUCACGCUGCACGUCAUGCCGGCACUGACUCGUAUGCAGUACGUAGUGGGAAUCGUGGUGGCCCUGGCGGUGUUUUUGCUGUUCUACGUACUAUUCGGCAUGCUCGUAUUGGCGCAGCGGUUCCCAGCAUGGAAGAAAUUCGUUGGACCUCGCGCAGUUCUCGCACCAAAACCCGAGGAACCAAUUCGAUCUGAGAUGGACAAUUCACUACCAACGGCAGGGAUGCGCCGGCGGCGUGACUCCGAUGCCACUUUCGACAGCAGCGAUAACAGCGAUACUGAUGAGGAGGACAAUAUACAGGAGAGAGGAACCAACACCACGGUGGACUCUAUCGCAUCGUCUCCUGGCAUCACCACAGCCGAUUUAAACAUGAUAAGAACAGCUGGUGUAGAAAAUAACGUUACCGGCAAUGGGAUCUAUGUUGUUAAUGAAAAUUCUAGACAGGCGGUGCGGGAGGAGCAGCAAGAAGCGCGUGAGGGACAGCAGGACACGCCAGAGAGGCAACGAAAGUCACUAGAGAGACAGCAGGAGACACUUGAAAGACAGCAGGACACGCCAGAGGGUCAUCAGGUGACGCAAGAGGGACAGCAGCAGGCGCAAGAGGGGCAGCAGGACGCUUUAGAGGUACAGCGGGUGGCGCGGGCAGCACUCGAGGCUCAGCAGGAGCGGCCGUUCGGUCUGCCGGCGCGCCUGCACGUGGCGGCGCUGGCGCGGCGGCGCGAGCGCGUGCUGCACGCGCGCUCCACGCGCUACCUGUACACGCUCUACACCGUCGGUCUGUUCUACGCACUGCCCGUCAUACAGUUCGUCGCCGCCUUCCAAAUCGUGAUGAACUUGUGGGGCUCCCUGGACAUCUGCUACUACAACUUCCUGUGCGCGCACCCCGCCGGCACGCUCUCCGACUUUAACCACGUCUACAGCAACGUCGGGUACUUGUUGCUGGGUGCGCUCUUCAUGCUGCAAGUUCGCCGUAGGAAGAUGAGAAGAAAACGCAAACCAAGGCACGAGGAGUACGGCAUCCCGGCGCACUACGGGCUGCUGUCGUCGCUGGGCGCGUCCAUGAUGAUGGUCGCGCUGCUCUCCGCCGCCUACCACAUCUGCCCCAACAGGCUCAACUUUCAGUUUGACACGGCGUUCAUGUACGUGCUGGCGGUGCUGAGCAUGAUCAAGAUCUACCAGGCGCGUCACCCCGACAUCAACGCGCGCGCGCACGCCACCUUCGCGGUGCUCGCCGUGCUCCUCUUCCUCGUGGUGUGGGGUGUGCUGGGCGGUGGGCCACUCUUCUGGAGCCUGUUCACCGUGAUACACAUCUUCUCUUUCCUGAUCAUCUCGCUGCGUAUCUACUACGUCGGACAGUUCCGUCUCGAGAAGGAGAGCCUGCAGGUGGCGGCGCGGGAGCUGCGCUCGCUGCCGCGCUGCGGGCUGCGGCCGCUGUACAUAUCGCGGAUGGUGAUGCUGCUCAUCGCCAACGCCGUCAACUGGGGCUUCGCGCUGUACGGGCUGUUCACGCAGGGCGGUGACUUCGCGAGCCACAUGCUCAUGACGCUGCUGGCCAACACGCUGCUGUACAUGGUGUUCUACCUGGCCAUGAAGCUUCUGCACGGCGAGCGGCUGCGCUGGUACGCGUGGGCGUACCUGGCGGGCGGCGCGCUGGCGUGGGCGCCGGCGCUGUACUUCUUCGUGUCGGGCAGCUCGGCCUGGUCGCUCACGCCCGCGCUGUCGCGCCACCGCAACCACGAGUGCAUGGUGCUGCAGUUCUACGACUCGCACGACCUCUGGCACAUGCUCUCGGCGGUGGCUCUCUACUUCUCCUUCAACGCGAUGUUGACCUGGGACGACGGUCUCUCCGCCAUCAAGCGUACGGAGAUAGCCGUAUUCUAA